UAGUAUGUCUUCCCCACAUGCAGGAGCCACCUCCUGAGCCACAGUCAGCAGUCUUAAGAGGAUGAGCACUCUCUUCUGAAAAUGGUUUCUCUUUGGGCCAUUCUUUACAAGGCCCUCACAUAUGUAUGUUUAUUCCACAGGGAAAGGGAGAGAGUGGAAGGGCAAAGGGCAACCAGAAGCCUCCAGUCAGCUCCUCCACUUCCCACAAAACCUCAGCUGCAGGACACAGAGCGACUUUAUAAGGAGCAGAAAAUUCAAACCAUGGUUCACGUGGGUCAUCUAAAGGUUGGUUCCUGUGCCGUGUGUGUGGGUUGAUACAGUGAAUGUAUUGAUAUAAAUUAUCUACCUCACGGGCCCUCAUGUUUGAAUGUGCAUGUUUUAGUGUCUGCAGAGGCAUUUCUUUGGAUGGUAUUCAGUGGUGUUAGACCGAAGGCUACGGUUAGGUAAGGCCAUGGCCCUCUGUGAUUGGAAGCGGCAGCUGAGGUCCUGGCGAGCGUGGCGGGCAGUGGUGUGGGAGGAACGUCACCAGCGAGAGGUUGCGAGAACAGAGGAGGAUCUACGAGCUGAAACCAGGCAAGAAUUAAAAGAAAUUGCGUCAAAAGGUCCUGAUCCUAUCAUUUUUUAAAUCCUGCCUUUCACCACAAAUGUCGCAAUAUAAAUUGUUUAAAUGUAGACCAUUAAUUAUGACAAUAUUUCUCAAAGACACUCACUGAUAAAAAAAAAAAAAAUACAUCCUGUUACCUUGAUCAAGCAAUAAUUGAGGGUUAAAAAUAAGUCCACAUCUGUUCCCUACUCUAGACAACGCCAGCUGGCUAUGGAGAGUGACCGUAGGCGGCUGCUACGGCGGUGUCUGAAUGAGUGGCAGCUAUGGUGUCAGAUGGAGAGGGAACAACGAGAGCUUUUGGCCCAGCAGCAGGAGACUCGGCGCAAGAUGGCUGCCUUAAUCGAUGCUGCAUUAACAGGCAAACUCAAGGCCGCAGAAAAUCCAACUUAUCAGCUAAUCAUGUGCCCACUUGAGCCGUCUAACCAACCAGAAACUCUGAAAAAGGAAGAUCACCAAAGGUCAAGCACUGGAGCCCCCGACGCCUCUUCAGUACAUCAGACCCCUAUGGGUGCUGUGGCCCAGCCCACUCAGCCGUGGCAGGUGACUCGACGCCAUGCAGCACCGACUGCCGGUGAGCUCCAGAGGGCACAGCAGAGAAGUGAAGGCAGCGGUUUUAUGUGUUCAAAAAGAGCAGUGUCUCCGGGCAGCAGGUUUGAGAACAGGCACACCGUCCAGCAGCAGAUCAUCACUCAGCAGAGGAAGCUGCUGAAAGAGCAGCAGGAGCAGAUUGCUCGGCUGAAGGAGGAGCAGAAUAUGGUGGGACUGGAGCUGGAAAUGGAGAGAACCGCACAGCUCACCCAGUUAUCAGUGCGAGGAGGCUCCAGACCAAAGAGAUACAACACUGACCCUCAAGAGCAGAGGUAG